UUCCAUGUUGUGUGUACUGCUGUGGGAGACCAGAUAUAGUGAAUGCAGGGUCCGGGGAGACCAGAUAUAGUGAAUGCAGGGUCCAGGGAGAGCGGAUAUAGUGAAUGCAGGGUCCGGGGAGACCAGAUAUAGUGAAUGCAGGGUCCGGGAGACCAGAUAUAGUGAAUGCAGGGUCCGGGGAGAGCGGAUAUAGUGAAUGCAGGUUCCGGGGAGACCAGAUACAGUGAAUGCAGGGUCCGGAGAGCAGAUAUAGUGAAUGCAGGGUCCGGGGAGACCGGAUAUAGUGAAUGCAGGGUCCGGGGAGACCGGAUAUAAUGAAUGCAGGGUCCGGGGAGA